GCAAACUAAGGAUGCUCCAGCAAGAUAAAAGAGCCCUGGAAGAAGAAAUGAAGGAGCUCAAAUCUGACAGUGACUCCUUGCAGAAGAAUCUGGAAACUUUACACACUGAAGCUUUCCAGCUGGAGGGAAUCCAUAGAGAAAAAGAAGAGAUGUGCAGGAAGCUGCAGUUCCAGUUUGAGGAGUCUGUGCAGGGCUUCGUCAGGCAGUUAAACCAGAACAAGAAAAGCGAGGAACUGCUGGAACAGUACAGAUGUGAAAUCCAGGAAUUCAAGCUUAAACACAGGAAGCAGCAGAUGAAGUUUGAAAACCAACUUCAUCAGCUGAUAGAGCAGCAUAAGAAUCUGCACUCCAUCUUUACUCCAGAAAGGCUUCCAGAUGAAAUAGAGAGUGCUGAGAAAACAAAAAGUCAGCUGCUGUCAGCUGAACAGCUGAAGUUGGCUCAGCUGCAGCGCCUCGAUGAGGAGCUAGGAGACAUGAGGAAACAGAAACAACUGGGAACAACAGCUGCAGAGACUCACGAGCAGUAAAAGCCAGACAUGUGCAGUGAUCGUUUUAGAGAUUCACAGCCUAAAGGCUGCAGAACCCUGCCAAACCUGUACACAAGAAAGUAAGCUUCAGUUGACCUCAAAAUGAAAUUAAAAUCAGAUGAAUUUUAGUCUCAACUUGUUGGUGUAUAUCAAUGACAUCCAACUGAUAUGUUUGCCGACCAAACUCUGUUUAUUCCCGUGUCCUUGGAUUUUUUUCUCUGAGUAGUUAUCACUUUUAUACUACCUGUUCUGUGGGACACAGGCUUGUUUUUGCGAUCCAGUUUACUGCUGAAAUACAUUCAGUUUUGAUGUAUUUAUGAAAUGUGAAAUAUUUGACAUUCUGUGACUGGCGAUUGGUGUUUUUCAGGUAGAUGCCAGUAGUUGUAUCCUGUAUGGUACUAUGUUAAUUUUACUUAAAUAUUGUGUAUUAAUAUAAUAUGAAGCUGUUCAUACAUUCAUACACAGUAUAGUUCUUUUUAAGUGUUGUGACACUGUUGUCACACAGGCCUUAUUUUCUGAAUCCUAAAGAACCUAUAAAUGAAAACAGUACAGUCAUUCAGUACAAUAUACACACCUACUAUACACACGUGCACACAGCCACAUUCAACUUCAGUUUUGAAGAGAUUUAAUGAGCCACUUCUUUGCAGUAUUUCAAAAACAAUUUAAUACUAUCUGAGGUUUUAAAAAAUAACACAUUUACCUUGUGAAAAUGAUUCCCCCCAAUUACAUUUUACAGCCAAGACCACAUACUUACAUUAAUUAAAAAUUGACAAAAGGCUUGUUGAUAGCACUGUGCGAGUGAUCAUAAUCAAAUUUGUUACUUAUAAUAUUAACAAGCUGUUUUUGUUUUUAUAAAUAUGUACAGUAUAAUCCUGCAUAGAAAAGAAUGUAACCCCUGAAGUGUUUAUACAGGAACAGUUACUCCAAUCUUUUGUUGUACUGUACAAAACCACGCUAAACAUUAAACGGUUUGAUGUCCAGUGGA